AUGGUUCGAAAACUGUCCAAUUGGUGUGAACAAAAUAGGAUCAAUGAUGAAAGAAAUUUCAAAAGAUGCGAAUUAAUUUUAAGCCAUGUUUACAGCAACCAUUGCGUGAGGUCAACAACCGUCACAGUUUUGGAUGCCGCUGGGAUUCCCAUCCACAGAAUCAUACUAACGUCAGGCCACAGGAAUGAAUCAAGUGUCAAGUUCUACUGUGAUCGGCAAACUUUGGAGAAAGAAAAGGAAUCGUCAAAUAUCAUCGCGAGAUUUGGGAACGAAUUGCCAGCACAAGCAAGGCAGGAGCUCGAACAAGAAGGCAACACACAGUCACAGCAAGCCCAAAGUCAAGUGCAAAACAACAUUGUCGCCAAUGUUAACCAUUCUCCUACUUUAAAUUUGCUACGAAGUGCUGAAUUUAAUAACUGCAAUAUUACAUUGAAUAUCGUUAAAAACAGUAAGUGA